AUGUCAGGGAAAAAUACCACCUACAUAGAUGGUACGAUUGCCCUGGAGCUACAGGAGGGGAUCAAUCUCAGCUACUACUACUUGACGUCUAUGACUGCACUCCCUCUCUAUGAUUGCUUAAUCACAUUUGGACAAGAAAUCAAUGUCUUUUGGACGCGAAAUCCACGACCGAAAUCCAUGUACCUGUUCUACCUCAACCGCUUCGCUUUGAUAUUUUUGGCCGCAACGAAUCUAGCGAAUCAGUGGUUGUUUACAAGUACAAUCUCUACCUUCAUCCAAACAAUUGCCGAGAUCCUGCAAUAUGUGGUCCUGGCGGAGGUACUAUCAUGGUUUGUCGGCGUGAAUCAUGUUCUCAAGCUAACAGGGAUUCAAACUAUAGUCAUUCUGAUCACCGGGCGUCUCUGUGUCAUCACAAACACGAUAUCGUAUUGGUCGAAACAUAUUGAAGGCUUCAUCCGGAAGAAAUCGUCAUCAUCAUCGAGUCCAAACCCAGCGGCGGUAAACGCUGGCCGCACCUAUGUGGAGGCUACACUGAUCGUAAAUAGUCUUAUCCCUGGCCUCAUCCCCGCAAUAUUCUCCUCCGCGAACCUUGCCCCCAUCGAAGUCGAGCACAGGCGGAGAUCUGGUGCAGACCAUCGCUCGAUUCCUUUCAUUCAGGUUAAUGCUACCACAGACAACCCAAAGUGGUGUACGACUGAGAACGCGUAUACCACCUUCGCUCGGAAACUAUACGACAUAUGUGCUAUUAUAAGCUAUGUCGACAUGGCAUUCAUGAUCGCUGGAGUAGCACUUCCCGCGUAUGACUUGAUCCUUACACUGGCGCAGGAAGUGCAGGUCUUCUGGAGUGGGUCGUCACGAUUGAAGCCAAUGUUGCUGUUCUAUCUCAACCGUCUCGGGAUCAUAUUCUUGAUCGCGGUGUACAUCCAAGGUGAAUUCAACAAUACACAAUCGGUGCGGUGCACUUUCACUUUCGUCGGAAGAGGAGUCUCUGGAAUGAUUUUAUAUGCAACUCUAGCUGUGGUAAUAGCUGGUAUCUUUGCACGGUCACCUUCGUCUUGGCUUUGCUUCCAUGGUUUCAAGAUGCGGUAUGACUUUGCAUUCAUUCUGAAUAUCGGGGGUUUUGAUCAUUGUGGUCUAAACCUAGGUUGCGUUAGGCAGAUCCAAGAUUUAUCAGACUGUAUCCCCCCCGUACAAUACCAAACAGUGUACAAUGGACCUACUAUGGACACCAUUGGUCGGCCGCAUCCGACACACAGGCACUUUGUUCGGGAAGAGAAACGGAGAAUCAUUGCUCCAGAAAGUCGUGUUAAAACACGGUCUCUCACUCUCCUCAAUGUCCUCGAGAUCAUUCUAUACUACUCCGAUGUCAGCUCUCAGUGCUUCAUCUCCGUUUAUCACGACUCAAUCUCACUUGUAGCCAGUAUGGGUUGGGCCCUUGGUGUCCUUCACACUCCCUAUAUUGAAAGGAUUUCAUCGAUUCUUGUUUCGCGCUUCCUGCUCGACUUAGGGGCGUCGGUUAAGAGAGAAGACCAACACGGCAUCGAUGGCAGCGAACUACACACCUUCUCGCAGGCGACAGAGGUAGACACAGUGCAGAGCAUGAAGUUCUUUGUCCCCUCGGAUUCAAUGCUGGAUGCAUAUGACACAGGUUGCAUCAGGUCAUCUAGCGAGGCCGACGUCCUCACAAGCCCGCAAGUCAGGAACAUCGAUACUCUAGUGGCAACAGAAGCUUAG